AUGAUUGGUCAAGAUCCACGGCCAAUCAGUUCUGAAGAUUACGUCAAGAAAUUUGAGACAAGGAUGACACCAAACCUUCUCUUCCAACUCAUCUCUGAAAUCAAUAAACCAAUAGAUCUUACAAAAGAGCCAGAUGCGGUAGAUUAUCGCCAACUACAAAGGCAGGCUAUCAGAGAUAUGGGAUUUGGCGCCUUGCUGGAUCUCAAAAUCAAAAAUAUUCCAACAGCCUUGUGUAAUUUUCUGGCAAGCAAUUUCCAGACCGGUGCAAGACAAGUCCCAUUGAAUGGGAACAAUGUACUGGAUAUCAAACAGGAAGAUGUUGUUGCUGUACUUGAUCUUCCUCGUGGACCCAAACUAGUGGAAGAAUUCAAACAGAAUGAUCCCGCUAUAACGGACCACGCUGAGAUGGUGGAUGCGUUCAAGAAAAGAAUGGGAUACAGUAAUAAAUUCCUGCCAACGAGAUCCACCGCGGCAAUAUUAAUUGCUGGUCGAAAAGAUUUUGGUGAUGACUUCAAACGAGAUUUCCUCGUCUUCAUUGUGAGCACAUUCCUACAUGGAAACACCACUUCCAGGAUCACAAUGAACAUCCUGAAGUCCCUCGUGAACAUCAAUGAAGUGACACAAUACAAUUGGUGUCAAUAUGUGAUUGAUGCACUGGUGAAAGGAUGCAAAAGUCACCACGAUGGGAAACCAUUCACCGGACCAAUAACUUUUUUCCUGGACCUUGCCACUCUUUAUGAAAAAUUCUACCAAUUGAUUAUCACGAUGAGCAAAACUGUUUUAGACAUUCGUGAGAAGGAAAUGGAGUUAAGAAUCGAACCAGAUGAACAAGCAAAGAAAACAAUCAAGAUCCUAUUAGAUGCAAUGGUGUCGAUGAGUAGAAAGAUGCCUCCGCCUUCAGAAGCUCCAAUUAAUCUCGCAAAAUUUCAAGGCAUUGAAAUUGACAAAGCACAAGGACUGGAGCAAUUGAGCCAGACAAAUGAUGAGGCUUCUAUUGCAGUGGGGAAAUCUGUGCCUACUUCAAAAGAAGUGGUGGUUGAUGAACCACAAACUCAACUACAAGGGGCACAGGGACUGGAUCAAUUAAGCCAGACAAAUGAUGAGAAUUCUCUUCUAGUGGGGAAAUCCGUGCCUACUUCAAAAAAAGUGCUGGUUGAUGAACAACAAACUCAACCACAAGCACAUGCAACGAAUGUCUCCGCGACAGAAAAGAAGAGAUCCCAUCAAGAUUCCACCGGCCGGGAUUCAGCUGUGACAUCCACCUAUACCAAAAGGUCGAGAAGCACUGGUACCAGGAAAAGGAAAACAUUGAAAGACGCAAGUAUCCCAAGCUUUAACCUAGGUAUCUUCUCCAGUCAGGAAGACAGUUACGAGACAACCCAGGAGAAGAACACUCAGGAAGAUGUCACAGGAAGGGUUGAUCUGGAUAAAGAUGUGAAUGAGACUAUAGAAGCAGCAGAAUAUCCAAUACCAUCUGCUCUCGACGAAACAAAGAAUCCCAUUCCUUCCAUCGAUGAAAUUAUAACAAGGGCCAGUGCACCAGCUUCAGAAUCAUCGAGUGAUACAGAAAAACUAGAGAUCAUUGCGGCUGUUGCAGAACAAGUUGAGAAAAACCCAGAGGUGGUUGAAGCAGUCCCUUUAAGCAUAAUUCCACCCGAUUGGAAUGUUGCUUCUACCAUGGGUCGUCUACUCAUGCUGGACAAAAAUGAGUGUACCACGCCACCGCCUGCAAUCUCAAAGAAAGCUGAAGUACUUGAUGAAGGGUUAACAAAGACAGGGGAAAAGAAUUUCUUGUUUGAAUUUGGAAAAAAUUUUUGGGCAGACAGGACAGCAUUCUAUUCCAUGAGGGAAGGCACAUGGAUAGAAAACAGCAUCAUAGAUGCUUGGGCUGUCAUCCUAAACAAAGAAGAAGCUAAAAGUGACUCCCCAAGUCGGAUAUUCUUUGGUGUUUCCGUAUUUGAUACAAUCAGUCGCUACUAUCAACAGGGUAGUAACAAAGAGGAAAUCGAGUGCACAUUCUAUGAGAGGUUGGCUCUUGAACUAGAAGAACAAGGACUCAGUGUAGGAUCCCUGAUAGUGGCAAAAGCUAUCUACUUCCCAGUACACUACCGAGAGCAUUACUUCUUGUAUGUGUUGAUGGUUCAAGAAAAGAAAGUGUUUGCAUUCAACAAUCUACAUGCAAAAGAUCUGGACUACUACAAGCCAACAAAAGAUCUACUUUUUCAGUUCUUCAACAUGUACCUUCAAUGUGUGCUUCCACACAUAGAACUGGUCACUGCUCAAUACACAUUGACAGAGGUUAUGCUACCAUCACACAAUGACAAAAAGCCGAAUGCGGAAGAUUGUGGAAUAUUCACAAUGCACCACAUGGAGCAGUAUGAUGGUGGUGACUACGAGGACUGUACUACUUUGGAUUUCCAUACAGGAAACAUCAAAGAGUACCGGUGGAGAUACAUGUUAAAAAUCCUUAUGCACCCAUCCAACAAAAAUAAGGACAAAAUCCUCGAAGCAAUGCACCAGUUCUAA